AAAUAAGCAGAAAAAAAACUCAUGUUCAAAUGGGCCUUUUUUUCCUUUUGUGUGUAUAUAUUGUGUGUCUAUAAAUAUAUGACCAUUAUGCAUAUAAAAUAUGGGAGGCAAAUCAACAAGCUGAUCAUUGCAUAUAAAGCUAAUUAAUUAGGAAUUGAAGUAGUGUUAUCUGUUCAAUUAAUCAUGGCUUUUGCAUUAUUGUCAUCACCAUCACUUGUUUCCGUUUGUGACAAAUCUUUUAUUAAACCUUCCUCUCCCACCCCUCCUACUCUUAGAUACCACAAGCUAUCUUUCAUCGUUCAGUCCCUCAGUAAUAUGUAUAUUCCUUUGGCCAUUUUUUACCCUAAAGUACAGCAAAGAGAAGAGUCAAAAGAAUCUCAUGAACUUUCCCAUAUAGCUGAUCACUUGUUGCAAAGAUCUCUAUCUCAAACUCUAGUCUCUUACUAUCCUUACGCAGGAAAAUUAAGAGAUAAUGCUAUUGUUGAUUGUAACGAUAUGGGAGCUGAGUUUUUGAGUGUUCGAAUAAAAUGUCUCAUGUCUGAAAUCCUUAAUCAUCCUCAUGCAGCUCAUGCAGAGAGUAUAGUUUUUCCCAAGGACUUGCCUUGGGCGAAUAAUUAUGAAGGUGGCAAUUUACUUGUGGUGCAAGUAAGUAAGUUUGAUUGUGGGGGAAUAGCCGUCAGUGUAUGCUUAUCGCACAAGAUUGGUGAUGGAUGCUCUGUGUUUAAUUUCCUUAAUGAUUGGGCAAGGGUCACUCGUGAUCAUACGACGACAACUCUAUUUCCUUCUCCUAGAUUUGUAGGAGAUUCUAUCUUCUCUCCACAUAACUAUGGGCCUCUAAUUGAUCCACAAAUUGUGUUUGAUGUCACUGAGUGCGUACAGAAAAGAUUCAUUUUUCCUACCACCAAGUUAGACGCCCUUCGAGCCAAGGUAGCAGCAGAUUCAGGAGUAGAAAAACCAACACGGGCAGAAAUUGUGAGUGCCCUUCUUUUCAAAUGUGCAAUAAAGGCAGAAUCAAGUACUUCAAUGGGCCCAUCAAAGUUGGUUCACUUCUUAAACAUACGUACUAUGAUCAAACCUUGUCUUCCGCGAAGUGCCAUUGGAAAUCUCUUGUCAGUUUUCUCCACAACAGCAACUAACAAAAGUCUUGAGUUGCCAAUGUUGGUUCGUAAUUUAAGGAAGGAAGUUGAGUUUGCAUAUAAGAAAGACCAAAUCAGUCAAAAUGAGCUCAUCUUAGAAGUAGUAGAAUCCAUGAGAAAAGGAAAAAUACCCUUUGAAAAUAAAGAUGGAAAUUGUACUAUAUAUAUUUGCAGCAACCUUUGCAGAUUCCCGCUAUACAGUGUAGACUUUGGAUGGGGGAGACCUGAAAGAGUGAGUUUACCAAAUGGUCCCGGCAAGAAUAUGUUUUUCUUGAAAGAUUACCAAAUUGGGAAAGGAGUGGAGGCGCGGGUGAUGUUGCAGAAACAACAAAUGUCUAAAUUUGAGUGCGAUGAGGAACUCCUUGAGUUUAUUUCCUAAUUAAAAUCCAAGUUUUUACGAGUGAAUAAUUGUG